AUGUCGGACAUCGCAAAGAGGGAGUUCGAUGCGCUUGUCGUGGACGGCAGCAACUACCUCACUUGGGCUACUGACAUCGAGAUCAAACUCGACGGUAUGGGUCUCGAUCACACCAUCGUCCAGGCUGAAGCUGGAAAGGAUGAACGCACAAAACCUGAUAAAGCAAAGGCGUUGCAUUUUUUGCGACACCAUCUCCACCGAGACCUGAAGUCUGAGUACAUGACGGAGAGAGACCCACUGGUUUUAUGGCAGUCCCUGAUGGACCGCUUCAGCCAGCAGCGGUCGAUUGUGCUCCCCAGAGCACAACAAGACUGGAUUACCCUGCGCUUCCAAGGCUAUAAGUCUGUGGCAGCGUACAACUCUGCUUUGCACAGGAUUGUGACUAAAAUGCGUCUAUGUGGCCAGAAGAUCACAGACGCUGAUAUGAUCAAGAAGACUUUAUCCACCUUCCACCCCUGGCAACAUAGUACUGCAGCAGCAAUACAGGAACUCAAAGUUCUUAUGAACAAUCAUUCUGUCCGGCCCACUGGCUCCAUGGCUGUGCCUGAAGCACACGCCAACAUUGCUGAGAGUUCUCGCAACAUAAAAGAGCCCGUGGAAAGGGAAAGUGGAAGGGGAAAAGAGGUGCCAUGUUUAAAGGCAAAGGAAAGGGAAAGCCCAAAGGUAGAGCCGAACCCAAGAAGAAAAAAAGGUGACCAUAGUGGGGAAGAGCAAGGUGAAUGCUACAGAUGCGAGACAAAGGGACAUUGGUCCCGUAAGUGCCGCACCCCUAGGCACCUGGUUGACCUUUACCAGCAGAGCAAGAAAGGGAAAGGUCAACAUGAGUCCCACUUCACCACUGAGCCAGAAGCUCAGAAGCGUGAUGAUAUGAAUGUCGACACGAACGGUGAAGAUGUCCAAAUGGACGAAAAUGAGGAUAACCUUCUUGAUAACUUUGAUAUAUUUGGGGACCUGCAGUGA